AUGAUUUCGGGUGCAAGCAGCAGUAGCAGCCUGGAAAAUGACGACAGGGAAGUAAGAGAUGUCGAAAAGUUUGGAAAAGUCACUUCUCUAAUUACGGAAGGUCAUGCCAUAGAGCAUUUCUCUGAUGACAGCGAGAUUGAUGUAAAGAUUGGUGCUGGCACCGACUCUAACAGCGGUAAGAAGUACAAAAUUGUGUCCUCUAGAGAUGCAGACGUUACUUUAGAAUUUUUGGAACAAUGGGAUUCGAAAGUUCCACCUAUCACUGAAGAGCAAGAGAAACGUUUAUCAAGAAAAGUGACGUGGAUUGUUGUGUCGCUAACAGCAUUCAUCAAUUUGAUUCUUUACUCAGAUAAAGCAACUUCGUCUUAUGCGUCAAUUCUAGGGCUUUUUGAAGAAAUUGGGAUGACUCAAAAUCAAUAUAACAAUUCCAAUACGUUGUUUUACGUUGGGUUCAUCGUGGGUCAAGUAAAUUUGAUUUUUGUCCAGAAAUACCCAUUGAAAUAUGUAGUUAGUUCGAUGACUGCUUUAUGGACGGUUUUGGUGUUUUUGCAUUGUACAGCUUCAAGUUACAAGGGCUGGUAUGCUUUGAGAUUUUUCCUAGGAUUUGUGGAGUCGAUUGCUUUGCCAUGUUUGAAUACCACCAUGUCUCAAUUUUUAACCGCGGAUGAAAAGGCUGCCACAGCACCUAUUUUCUACAGUACAUGUGUUGGUGUCACAAUUCCAGUUGGGUUUAUUGCAUAUGGUGUGUUGAAUAUCAAACAUAGUCCAGUUUCUUUGUGGAAAAUCUUUAUGAUCAUUAUUGGGGGUUGCACCUUCCUUCUUACGAUUCUCAUUUUAGCUGUGUACCCCAAUAAUCCAACGGAUGCCGUAUUCUUGAACGAUGAAGAAAAGGUAUGGGUUAUUAGGAGAGUUCAAAAUACAACAAACUCCUCCAUCGAACAAAAAGUCAUCAAAAAGUAUCAGAUUAAAGAAGCUCUAUAUGACCCAAUUUCAUGGCUGUUUGGCUUGUUCUUCUUAUUACAGCAAUUAGCUAACAACUUGACUUAUCAACAAAAUAUUUUGUUCAAGUCGAUCGGUAAUAUUUCAAGUUUGGAUUCUACCCUAGUUUCUGUUGCCGCCGGUGGUUUUGCAGUGAUAUGUUGUAUCAUAGCCACCACUUUCUUGCUAUAUCAGAAGAAUUUCACAGCCUUUUCUGUGGUGUUUUGGACAAUACCUUCUUUCGUUGGUUCUAUUGCCAUGGUUUCCCUUCCAUUCCACGCUCAUAUUGCACUAUUAGGUAUGUUAUGUUUAGCAUCCCCAGCUUUUGGUGUGCCUUGGAUCCUAAUGUUCAGUUGGAACUCUGCCACUUGUUCUGGUUAUACCAAGAGAUUAACAAGAAAUGCUAUUGUCAUGUUCUUUUACUGUGUAGCCAACUUAAUCUCACCUCAACUAUGGCAGGACAAGGAUGGUCCAAGAUAUUAUCCAGCUUGGAUUGUGCAAAUUGUUCUAUCGUUUUCGAUCGCCCCACUUAUUGCUUUGGUCAUCUGGUACAUUUUACGUAAGAGAAACAUUGAAAGAGUAAAGGCGUUGAGCGAAGAAGAAAAGAAGUUCGGUUUGAUCGAGGUUAAUGGCGAAAAACUAAAGGCAAAUAUUGCAAUGCUUGACUUGACUGAUCUAGAGAACAAGACAUUCAUAUAUCCAUUGUAA